AUGGCAAUCUUGAAGGCAGGGGCAGCGUGCGUACCACUUGCGCCGGAGCACCCACGACUGCGCAGCAAAGAAAUGAUCACCUCGAACGUGCGAGCGACGGUUCUGCUCACUUCACGCGUGCACUACGCCGAAUGCGCAGACCUUGUCGCGAACGUGCUUGUAGUGGAUGAAAGUACGAUCGGUAUGCUUCAGGACGAUGGUCUGCAGGAAGUCUCCGUCGGUACAGAUCAAGCCGCUUAUAUCCUGCAUACGAGUGGCAGUACUGGAACGCUCAAAGGGGUCGUCUUGGAACAUCGCAACCUCACCACCUCUCUCAUGGCCUACGGUGAGUCCUUAACACCGCCAUCCACAGCCGACGAGAGACUUCUCCAAGAGACUUGGGCAUCUGUACUCGACAUUCCCGUCGACAAGAUUGGUAAAGAGACCUCGUUCAUCAGCCUGGGCGGAGAUAGCAUCACAGGCAUGCAGGAUGUUUCGCGUUGCGGCAAGCGAGGAGUCUUGCUCAAGAUGUCGGAUAUGCUUCGCAGUAGGAGCUUACUCCAAGCGGCGACGCAUUGCACUCCACAUCAUGUUGGAGCGCCGGGUUUGCGACAGAAGUAUAUCAUGCCAGCAGACGAGGCAGCACACAUCAAGGAAGAGCUAGGACUGGGCUCUGCCGAAUUCCGAGGCUCAUAUGCUUGCGCACCUUUGCAGGAGGGUAUCUUGCUUUCGCAGGCAAGGCACGCUACUGCGUCGCCUAUCUCAGACUCGGGCGACCUGAAAUUUCAGCAUGUAGCAGGCGAGCUAUCGACAGAGUAUCCUCUUUCCUUCCACGUUACUACUUCAAAAGACUACUUCCACGGUGAAAUCCAGUACAAGUCGACUAGCGUGCUCGACUCUAUCGCAUCACACAUUGCAGAUGCAGUAUCAUCAGCGAUCACAGCGAUAUUGGAUGAUCUCCAAACGCCAACAGCGAGCCUCGAACUGGCACGAUCACUCCUGCAAAGAUGGAACCUCGAAGCACCGCUAGCGCUGGAAGCCUGCGUCCACGAGCAGUUUCGAGAGGUCGCUCUUGCUCAGCCAGAGCGACCUGCCAUCCAUUCUUCGGAUAACGACCUUACUUACGAGAAGUUAGACGACCUAUCUGACCGCCUUGCUCGCAAGCUGCAGCAGAAAGGCGUGCGGGCAGAGAUCAUAGUCCCCAUGCUUUGCGAGAAGUCAAGUGUGGCGGUCGUAUGCUGUCUCGCGAUCAUGAAAGCUGGUGCAGCACUCCUGCCGCUCGAUCCAAGUCAUCCAUCGGAAAGGCUUGCUGCCAUUGUCCACGACUGCGGCGCACUCCUGGCUAUCACCACUGCAAGCUGUAUGAACCAGGUCGAGAAGCUAUGUCAGACUGUUCUUCCAAUCGACAUGGGGUACUACGAGCGACUGCCCGCCGACCACGACGUUCAAAGCGAUUCCUCAACACCUUCGAAUGCGUGUGCAGUCAUCUACACUAGUGGCUCUUCAGGCACUCCGAAAGGCAUCCAUCCCAUUCUUCGAACAGUAUUCGUACAAGAUGGGCAAGAGGUGCUCCAAGUCGUCCUUCAAGAGGCCCCGAUCGAGCAAGUGUAUCUGAGCCCAGCGGUUGUGACGGACCAUUCUGGCUUUUCACCAACCAAAUAUCUGCCAACGUUCCACAUCUUUGCAUCGACGAAAGAUGAAGUGGUCCUCGAGAUCCGUAUACAUCACGCUCUGUAUAAUGCUUUCUCGAUGGAUGUGAUACUGCAAGACAUAUCCGCAGCCUACGCCGAGCAAACACUCACUCCACGACCCAACUACCACUCACGGGUCUCCCACGUACGAAGCCUUGACACUACAUCGGCUAUCAACUUCUGGGCCAAAGCCCUGCAGGGCUCGUCGAUGACAUCUCUGACCCCAGCCGAGCCGCCAACCAGGUGCUCAGCAGCAGAGUCCUCGAUAGAGAUUACAAUGCCCGCACACUCGCUGCAAAUCGCCGAAGUGACACCAGCAAACGUCUUCAAGGCAGCCUGGGCGACCGUGUUCCCACAAGCCGUCAAAUCAAACGACAUCGUCUUCGGAGAGAUCCAAACAGUACGCCCAUCCACAUUCCCCGAAAUCGACUCAACCUGCGGACCAUCCGUGAACGACCUCCCCGUCCGUGUCAAACUCGAAGACCAUCACACAAGUGCCUCACUCGCAGCACAAAUCCAGUCGCACUCCCUAGACGCGACACCCCAUCACCACCUGGACAUAAGAUCCAGAUCCAUCAUCAGAGACUGCACGCCUUGGCCUGCCUGGACCCGGUUCAGCUCGAUGAUGAUCUUACAGAACCACGGAGCUCUGCAGGCCGAACGUAAUGUCGGUGGUGUAAUGUGCCAGCUCGAGCGGUUAAGCUACAAUGGCGAUUCUGCGGAUGUCUGGGUCGUGGCUAUGCCAGAUGGUGUUUUCCCCCGAACGGGGACCACGACCACAAGCUGA